AUGUUGAUUCUGCCGUCGCUAGACCUCUCUGGGGAAUUCACUUUCCCAUAUUUUCCCAAACAUAGGCCAUUUCUCUAUUCCAAUGGCCGCUCGCUCCUCAUAUCUUCGCGUCAGGUAGUGGUGAUUCAUGGUGCUGUGAUCUCUCGUAAGCUAGUCUACGAUGAGACAGUUGUCACCGCUACAUACACAAAGUUUGUCCGAAAUUCCACUUUGGAUGCUUCCGAGGCUCUUGUUGUGUGCUUGCAAAACGCUGCUCACAUCUACUACCCCGAUGGAGACUCGUACGUGGUGAGCUUCCCGUUCGUGUUGAGAAAUGCAUUUCCAUUUGAUUCGGGUUUAUUGUUAGAAAGAGACCUGGAAACUGUGCCUGGCAGAGGUACGGCCAUUACCAAUUACCGCUUCUUGACAUUAGUGGAUCCAAUUGGUGAUUUACGUGUGGUGACCACCUCAUCCACCUCGGUGGUGAAUGCUCAAGAAAUCCUUGUGUAUUUCCCUUCCAAGGGCCUUAACAAGACCAGAUCGCUCACAGUAACGUACAAUUCCCGCCAGAGAACCAUUGGAAUUUACCAUGUCAAGGCUUCCACGAGAAAGAACAUCAUGAAUAGCAAUGUCAGAAAGCGCAGAAACGCUUCAGUAUCCACACCUAAUCCAUCGAAGAUCUUGGACGAAGACUUUCUCGAUUUGGGUCCGGUUCCUUCGUUCCAUUCUUCCAACUCUCACUCGUUCUCGAUGAAUAUGGAAAAAAAAAGAACCAGCACGUUACUUUCGGGAAUUUCAUCUGUUGCCAGAGUGGGUUCAGAAGCCAGUGUCAGUGAACUAGGUAAAUCCACUCUGGCUCUCGCAGCCUUGGAACUAGGCGCUUUACGCAAAGACAUGAUUUUGACCAAAAUCGAUACCCUCUCCACUAAGGCCAGGAAACUGCAUUUGGCUGUGAACGGUCUCCAUCAUGAAGACAAACAAGCCAUAGUCAUCAGUGACCGUGCAACCAAAGAGGCUCAGGUGUACAUUUACAAGCAACUGGUCAAUCAGAUACCGCAAUUUGAGUCGUCUUGCUCAGUGAAAUGUCUACAUGCGGUACCGUUAGAGCAUCCCGCGUUCCCAGGCUGGUUGUUGGUGCUUGCUGAUGAGAAAUCACUCUACCUAUUUAAUCCUUUCUUGGACCUCAAGGCUCCCCCUAUUCCGUUGGAUUCAAGGUUUCCAGCUAUCACCUACAUUUCCAGCACAUGUGAUAAUAUCGUGGCUAUUCGAGAUUCCUCUGACAUGUUCAAAUCUCACCUCAUAUCUCUUGUGCUAGAGCCUCAGACUCCACUUGUAAGCACAUGUCUCAAAUCCUGGAAGUACUUAUCAGGAUCCAAAAUCAACGAGCACAUGUGGGUAGCGUGGCGGUCUGCUCUUAUGCUAGAUCCUGUGAAGGAUGAGUGGAAUGCAUUUGUUAUCACCCUUCUAGCCAUGAUCUACCCUUUCAAUGAAUUCAAAGGCUCUCAAUAUGCUGAUAACGAGAUCACCCAGUUGUUGACUAAGGCAGAACAGGUCCGUGACUACUUCAGUAUUGACUACUCCUUUCAGGACCUCUUGCCAUAUAUUGUGGUCUCCAUGCAUUUAAUCUAUGAGGAGAUAAAAUUUGACAUCUUGAACAAACUGUCUCUCAAUAAGCUUGGAACUUUGCUUACUCAAUUGACUGUGUGGAUGGGCUGGCUGGAGCAGUGGACAACCUUUUAUCUGAUUGACCAUAAAUGCAUUGAUAAGAGUGUUCGCCUCUUGCUGGUGGUGCUUCUUUACGUGCCGCCUAGUCUUUACGACUCACUCAUCUCUUUGGCAGAGGGAAAACGUGCACGGUACUUGAAAUUCUCCCAGUUGGUUGAAGAAAGUGAUGAAGUCAACUUGAUAGUGACUCCCAGGUCACAUGUUGUCUACCACCUAUUUGAGCUUUUAUCUUCUCCACAUUCGACGCCUACUCAAGUCGUCAAUGCAAUGUCAGAAUUUGGUUUGACUGCCGCAGAUCUUGAUUCGUACCCCGCUGGGGUUAUCCUACCUCUCAAAGAGUGCUUACUGGCUUGCCAGGAGAAUCCAACUUUUGAGUGGAAUGAAAAUCAUCUCGAGCUAGUUGGAAGAAAGGACUUAAAGCUUUUGCUUCAACCAGACUCUAGGUUGGGCCUCAAGAACUAUGAGCUAGACCUCGAAGUUUCACCGACAGUCCGGGAUGCCAACUCCAUCAUUUCUAGCAUAUUCAACAAAGGCGAUAGUCUCGUUGCUUGGGAUGGCGAAUCUGAAGCUGAUCUCAUUCGGAUUACAAAGUUGAUUUUUGAUCAAGACAGGCGUUACUAUGAAAUUACCAGUUUGCUUCAUCAGUCAAAAACUCAGAAUGUCACCUUACACGUUGAAGAAGGAACGAGCGAAUAUGAUUCUACAUUGAUGAAGAGACAAUUAGCAGCUCUUGUCGCAUUGAGAACUCUCAUGAUUCCGGUUGGUCGUGCUGCAUUAUUUUAUGCUGGCAGGAUCCCUCUUCUAACAGAAAAGUUCCCCAUUCCUAAAUUCAACCUAAAUACCCUCAUUGCACCUUCUAUGACUACAAUAGUCUUAUCUGAAGGCGCUGUUUCUCUGAAAGUUAUGGAGUGGGGUCAUUUCCAUAAUGGAGUGUCUUCGGGCCUCAGUAUCAGCCCGACAUCCAAGGGAAUCUCAGGAAGCUGGGUUAUUUUCAACAAGCCAGCUGAAAACAACGCUCAACAUGCUGGUUUUCUUUUGGGUCUUGGUUUGAAUGGGCAUUUGAAGAAACUUGAAGAAUGGCACAUUUAUAAUUAUCUUGGACCAAAACACCCACUCACAAGUGUCGGUCUUUUGAUUGGAAUGGCGGCCAGUUUGAAGGGAUCAAUGGAUAUAAAGCUCACCAAAGUUCUCUCAGUCCAUGCGGUGGCUCUCCUUCCUCAAGGAGCAAACGACCUCAAUGUUCCUAUAAUGGUUCAGACGGCUGGUCUCAUAGGUAUUGGGCUCUUGUAUCUCGAGACCCAGCAUAGAAGAAUGAGUGAAAUUCUCUUGUCUCAGAUUGGAGGAAGUUCUUCUCACAUCGAAAAUGAAGAAGAACAAGAAGGAUACAGACAAGCGGCAGGUAUUUCUCUUGGAUUGAUUAAUCUCGGUAAGGGAAACGACCUCAGAGGACUAAAUGACACUCAUGUUGUUGAUAGAUUACUUGCCUUCGCUACCUCGAUGAGAGAUUCACAUCCAAUCUUUGAAUCGGACAAAUCGGGCUCUGGGGCUAUUCUAGCAUUGGGAUUCAUCUAUUUGAAACUUGAGAACACUACAAUGGCAGCCAAGCUUCUGAUUCCCGAAUCGGAGCAACUUCUUGACUAUAUUCGACCAGAUCUAUUGUUGUUGAGAUGUUUAGCGAAGAAUUUGAUCAUGUGGAGGCUGAUUGGAAAUUCCACUCAUUGGGUGGAAUCCGAGAUCCCUGAGGUGUUGAGGAAGAAGUACAACAUCAGCAAGCUCAUUUCUCUAGAUAGUGAGCAAAUUUCUUACUUCAAUAUCUUAGGAGGAGCAUGUUUAUCUAUUGCCAUUAAGCAUGCCUCAAGUCAAAACUUAAAAGCAAGGCGCACAUUACUCCAUUACUUGGACUUGUUGAUGGAUAUUUCCACAAUGACAGCUGUCAAUUAUGACCAAAAAAUCGCCUAUAAUAGCGCCUCUCAGAUCCAAAACUUGCUUGCGUUGUGUUUAUCUGUGGUUAUGGCAGGAAGUGGAGAUUUGGAGGUGUUCAGACGCUUGCGUGUAAUCCACGGACGCAUUAACAGUAGCAUUCACUAUGGCAACCACAUGGCUAUCAACAUGGCACUUGGAAUAUUAUUUUUGGGAGGUAGUCAGUAUGCCUUCGACGAUUCCAACUUUUCGAUUGCUGCACUCAUAAUUUCCCUUUACCCUGUGUUUCCAAGUGAGGAAAAUGAGCAUGAAGUACAUCUUCAGGUACUAAGACACUUCUGGGCUCUUGCUGUGCAACCAAGAUGUCUUGUUGUUCGAGACGUUAAGAAUGGAAACCCAAUCAAGGUACCUUUGAGAGUCAAUUACCGAAAUGGCAUUCUGGAACAAACCAACGCCCCACACCUUAUUGCCGAUAUGAAACGAAUUGCGUCGAUUGAGGUGGUCUCUGAGGACCAUUUCAAGGUUAAAAUCGAUUUUCUGGUUCAGUCUGGAUACUUGGAGCAGUUCAAGAAGUCGAUGACAAUAUUUGUACUCAAGAAGCUGAACUACGAGCUUCUUAAGGCAUCGGUGUCGUCUCUCUUACAAAGUGAGAGUCGAACACUAGAAAAAGUAGGAAGCAAGAGCGAGAUAGGACGAGACAUCAAGGCGUUGCUACUGCUUGAACUUGCAAAACCUCUCACUACGUUUGAAAAGCAGGUCUAUCUCCAUGAAAGCAUUCAGACACACGACUCCGACGAAAUCAACCUGGGACUUUCCGUCUUCAACAUUAUAGAUACGAAGAUCGAGCUCAGCAUGAUGGCAGCAAGACCACAGACGGUUGACGAUUUACGAAACUUGAAGCUUCUCUUUGCAUAUAGCGACCGCCAUGUUGGCAGCCAACUGCAUUACCUCAGUCAUGACUUCAUCGAGAGACUCAAGCAAUCGCUUUGGGAGCUCACCAGAAAGCAAGAACAAUGA